AUCCCAUACAAGGUGUAGCAAACAAGGAGGUGUAAAUAUCUGCAAAUCGCCAUGUUUGAUUUUUCAGAGAUUUGAUUUGAACCCUUCAAUUUUGCAAAUCAACAAGGUUCACAAACCAUGGACCCCCGUAACAGCGCCCAGGAUGUCAUACGGUGUGACCUAUGUGAGACUCCUGUCCCCCCACUAUACUGUGAAAUCUGCCACAUUAACCUCUGUAAGGUCUGUGUGGGGGAACAUCUUUUAGAUGAAUCCAAACUUCACAUAGUGGUACCAUUCAAACAUCGACAAUCGAUUCCAAGUUAUCCCAAAUGCCAAGAACAUGCCACAAAACUUUGUGAACUCCAUUGCGAGCAGUGUGACAUUCCUGUUUGUGUACAAUGUGUUUCUUCCAAGAAACAUAAGGCUCAUGAUGUUGAAGAUAUUUUGAGUUAUUUAGAGAGCAGAAAUAAAGCAUUACAAGCAGAUUUAGAAGAGUUAGGAAAAUUAAUUUAUCCUAAAUAUCAGGAGAUUGCAUCAUCUUUCCUGGCUCAGAGGGCGGAAUUACAAAGAAACACCGAAGAAUUGAUAUCAGCUGUCAAUAAGCGGGGAGACGAUUGGCACAGAGAUAUAGACACCAUCAUCAAAAAACUAAAAUCAGAUAUUGAGGAAACGGAGUCCGAACAUUUGGCUUUCCUUAAAAAACAAGAAGAUGAAAUAAAUCAAACCAUUUUAGAAAUUACACAUAACAUUGGUGAACUGAAGAAGUUAUUGGACUCCAAUGAUAUCUACCUUCUUUCAACGUACAAAUCAAAAAAUGCAGAAUUCAGUAAAAUGCCUCCAAAAUUCAUUUUUACCUUACCAAGCUUCUCUUCUCAAAGAAUCGACACAGAACAACUACUUCGACAGUUUGGUUCUCUGACAGCACGCAGCAAAUACAGUAUAUAA